AGCAUUCCUCUUUCUCCUCCGUUCGUCCUCGCAGUUGCCGCGCACCAAGCGUGAUCUCGACCGUAAUCUUUCUCGAGUUUGUGAAGUCUGUAAACAAAGGGGAUGCUCGGACGCCCGAUAGCCGUACAAACGAAGAAGAAGAAGAAUAAGUUCUCCUUCGAGUCUGUCAGAGUGUUUCGAUCGCGAUUGCCGAGUUAAAGCGGCAUAACCUGUGCCAGCAGGUUCGGACGUUCGUCUCGAAGCGGACGAAGAGAAACGCGCAGCAUGGUGCAGAGCAAGAUAUUCGCACGGAACCGUGCGCUCGGUUACGUUAGCAAUCACAUACCGUUGGUGACACGGUACAUCCUCAGGAGAAAGGAGCACUUCAUCGUCACCUGCAUCGGCAGGGCGUUCCACACGUACGACUGCAAGCAUUUCACGCUGUUGAGCGUGUCGGGCCAACAUCCGGACGAUAUCACCGCCCUGGCUACCGACACGUUCCACGUGUACACAGCGAGCGCGACCAACAUAUACGCAUGGCGCCGAGGGAUGGAGCUGAAACAUACCUACAAGGAUCACGAGUGCCCGGUGCACCUCCUGCUGCCGUUCGGUGCUCAUUUGCUGUCGGUCGACGAAAGCAGCGCCCUGAGGAUAUGGGACAUCAAGGAGGAGACACUGUUGUCGGAGCUGAACUUCAGCAACACCAACUUCAAGAUCACCACGAUGAUGCAUCCCAACACCUACAUGAACAAGAUCCUAUUCGGCAGCGAGCAGGGCCAGCUGCAGCUGUGGAACAUCAAGAAUCUGAAGAUGAUUCAUUUGUUCAAGGGAUGGGACAGCAAAGUCACCGCGUUGGAGCAAGCUCCGGCGUUAGAUGUAGUAGCUGUGGGUCUGAGCAACGGCAAGAUCAUCCUGCACAAUCUCAAGUACGACGAGAGCCUCUUCGACCUGGUGCAGGACUGGGGCUCGGUGGUAUCCAUCAGCUUCCGCACGGACGGCCAGCCGAUCAUGGCAACGAGCAGUCCGUCCGGUCACAUCGUGUUGUGGAACCUGGAGCAUCGCAGGAUGGAGAACCAGAUUUGCCAAGCGCACGGCGCAGCCGUCACCGGUAUGAAGUACAUACCGAACGAACCGAUGUUGGCCACAUCCUCGGUUGACAAUUCCCUGAAGCUAUGGAUAUUCGACUCGACCGCCGGCGCAGGCAGACUCCUGCGGAUACGAGAGGGUCACGGCGAGCCGCCCACGCUGGUGCGCUUCUACGGGAACGACGGUAACUACCUGCUGACCGCGGGCAGCGACUCCUCGCUCCGGCUGUUCUCCACUGUCACGGAGAUACUGAACAGAAGCCUCGGCAGAGCAUCGUUCAAUCGGAAGUCCUCGAAGAGGAGGUCUCGCUUGGUCGAGGACCCGCUGCUGAUGCCGCCGAUCGUCGACUUCUCCGCCGGGACAACGAGAGAGAAAGAAUGGUGUAACGUAGCGGCGAUACAUUACGAUAUAUCCGUGGUCUCGACGUGGUCGACUUAUCUGCAGAAGAUGGGCGAGCUGAAGCUCAGGCCUCACGGGUUCAAAGACAUUAGCAAAGUCAAGGCAACCUGCCUGUACGUGACCAAGUGCGGCAACUUCGUUGUGAUCGGCUACAGUACUGGGCACGUGGACAGGUUCAACAUCCAAUCGGGUGUGCACAGAGCGUCUUAUGGGGUCGUAACCAAUGGUUUCAACGAGGGCGCUCACCAGGGCGCCAUAGUCAAGGGUGUCAUGGUCGAUGAUCUGAUGCAAACUGUCAUGACCGCCGGCACUGACGCGUAUAUCAAAUUCUGGGACUUCAAGCCCUUCAAGAAAGGUGUAAAUGCAGCGAGGACGAUAUUGAAGCUGCAGAACUCGAUCGAGUGGAUACGAUACCACAAUGAGUGCUCUCUCGUAGCUGUAUGCUUGCAAAGUUGCAUCAUUGUGCUAUUGGACAUGGAUACUAGGAGGAUAGUUCGACGUUUCGAAGGACACACCAGCCAGAUAACAGACGCGUGCUUCAACCCCAACUCCAGGUGGUUGACCACAGCGUCUACGGACGGCACGAUUCGUACUUGGGAUAUACCGUCUUCGCACAUGAUAGACAUCUUUGAGGUUCCUGAACCUUGCACGUCCCUGAACUUCUCCCCAACCGGCGAGUUUCUGGCGACCACGCAUGCCGGCAACCUGGGGGUCUUCCUGUGGUCGAAUCGCAUGCUCUUCUCGCACAUCUCGCUGAGAGCCAUCGGCAAGGAGUACAUGAUACCCGAGAUGGAGCUCCCCGGCACGUCCGUGGAGAGCGAGAAGCCCGACGACGAUGACGUCGCCGUGGAGCCGGACUACGUGUCGCCCGAUCAGCUCGACGACGAUCUCAUCACGAUGUCCGCCGUGGCGCAAACGAGGUGGCAGAAUUUGCUCGACAUAGACAUCAUCAAGCAGCGAAACAAGCCGAAGCAGGCGCCCAAGGUGCCGGAGACCGCACCGUUCUUCCUGCCCACGGUGCCGUCGUUGAAUCUGCGCUUCGACUUCUCGGACCUGAAGAUCGGCGAGACGGACGAAAAGCGGAGCGUACACUCCACCUUGCGAAAUCUCACGUCGUUCGGCAGAAGUCUGCGGUCUACCGAGGAGACCGACGACUUCCGCGACGUGGUGGAGAUACUGAAGGCGAUGAACGUCAGUGCCAUCGACUUCGAAAUCCAGUCAUUGUCGGCGGACGAGCACUCGGCCCACACGUUACUGGUACAGUUCAUGAAGAUGAUCCGCUACAUGAUGGUACGACAGACGGACUUCGAGCUGUCGCAGGCUUACCUGGCGGUGUUUCUCAAGUGGCACGGCCCGACGUUAACGGGAAAGCCCGCGCUACGGGAGUACCUGCAGGUAAUCCAAGAGGCGCAAACGAAGAACUGGCAUAUGUUGCGGGAUAAGUUACUUUACAAUAUCAGCGUUGUACAAAAUCUAAGAAAAAUGUAACGUGUAAGUAAAUAAGAUGUGGGAACUGUGUUGCGACACGUUACGUAUCGUAAUAUAUCGUGUGUACGCUGUUUUUUAAGUUUGUAAAAAUAAAUAUUUAAGUACUUCUUUA